AUGGAGAAGGCCGGGCGGGGCUGCGAUGGCGCCCCGCGGGGGCCCGUUCUGCACAUCGUGGUGGUCGGCUUCCACCACAAGAAGGGCUGCCAGGUUGAAUUCUCUUACCCGCCCCUGAUUCCAGGAGAUGGACACGACAGCCCCACCAUCCCUGAGGAAUGGAAGUACCUGCCCUUCCUGGCCUUGCCCGAUGGCGCACACAACUACCAGGAAGAUACUGUGUUUUUUCACCUGCCACCCCGAAAUGGAAACGGAGCCACCGUGUAUGGCAUCUCUUGCUAUCGGCAGAUUGAAGCCAAAGCAUUGAAAGUCCGGCAUGCAGAUGUCACCAGAGAGACCGUGCAGAAAAGCGUCUGUGUUCUAAGCAAGCUGCCUCUCUAUGGCUUGCUUCAAGCAAAACUUCAGCUCAUUACACAUGCAUAUUUUGAAGAGAAGGAUUUUUCCCAAAUUUCCAUUCUAAAGGAACUCUAUGAACAUAUGAACAGUUCCUUGGGAGGAGCGUCACUGGAGGGGUCCCAAGUGUAUCUUGGUCUGUCGCCUCGGGAUCUUGUGCUUCAUUUUCGACACAAGGUCUUAAUUCUGUUUAAAUUAAUUCUUCUUGAAAAAAAGGUUCUCUUUUAUAUUUCUCCAGUGAAUAAACUGGUGGGUGCCCUGAUGACCGUGUUAUCCCUUUUUCCAGGCAUGAUCGAGCAUGGUCUCAGGGACUGUUCUCAGUACAAACCUCGGAAGAGUAUGUCUGAAGAUGCUGGGCUUCAGGAAAACAACCCCCCUGCAGAUGAUUUUGUUUCUGUGUCUGCUCCUAACAUCACUUGUACCAACUCAGAAACUGCCAGGAAAACCCUGACGGGAAACCACGAUGGAGAUGCUGCCAUCGCAACGGAAGAACCUUUGUUCCCAGCAGAGAACAGCAGCAAGGGGCUGGGACCCAGUGAGACCAGCCCGUAUUUGAAACCUCCUUCUCGUCCAUCUCCAGAGUCUUCAGAAAGUGACUGGGAGACCUUGGAUCCCAGUAUCUUGGAGGACCCCGGCUUGAAGGAAAGGGACCAGGUGGGGUCAGAACAGACAAACUCGUUUCCCAGGGAGUUGGUGCCCUCAGACAGCGCUCCGAUUACUGUCCAACCUCAAGCCAACAUGGGCCAGGUGGUCCUGCUCCCGGGGCUGAUUUCCGGUUUGGAAGAGGACCAGUAUGGCAUGCCCCUGGCCAUCUUCACAAAGGGAUAUCUGUGUUUGCCUUACAUGGCAUUGCAGCAGCAUCACCUUCUCUCGGAUGUCACCGUUCGGGGAUUUGUUGCUGGAGCUACUAACAUCCUUUUUCGGCAACAGAAGCACCUCAGUGAUGCCAUCGUGGAAGUGGAAGAGGCGCUGAUCCAGGUCCAGGACCCCGAGCUGAGGAAGCUGCUCAGCCCCACCACGGCCGACCUCAGGUUCGCCGACUACCUGGUGAAGCACGUGACCGAGAACCGCGACGACAUCUUCCUGGACGGCACGGGCUGGGAGGGGGGCGACGAGUGGAUCCGAGCGCAGUUCACGGUCUACAUCCACGCGCUGCUGGCCGCCACGCUGCAGCUAGAUAAUGAAAAGGUGCUCGCGGACUACGGGACAGCCUUCGUGAUGGCGUGGAAGAACACUCACAACUACAGGGUCUGGAACAGCAACCGGCACCCGGCACUCGCGGAAAUCAAUCCGAACCACCCUUUCCAGGGCCAGUACUCGGUAUCCGACAUGAGGCUACGGUUCUCACAUUCUGUUCAAAACAGUGAACGUGGCAAGAAAAUUGGAAACGUCAUGGUCUCCACCAGCCGGAAUGUGGUCCAGACAGGAAAAGCUGUUGGCCAGUCGGUGGGAGGAGCUCUUUCCAGCGCAAAGACAGCCAUGUCCUCCUGGCUUUCCACCUUCACUGGCUCCACCCCCCAGAGCCUCCCGGAGCCGCCCGGGAAGCCCUGA